CCACCACCACCAAUUAUUAUUAUCUUUAGCACUCCUUCCCAUCCUUUCGCUUCUCCGUAGCUGGCUUACCGUCUUCCCCCCCCAAAUCCCCUCCCUCAUCGCCAACAUGACCCUCCCAGAUAAUGCUCCUGCAGCGAGCAGCAACGGCCAGGCGUCUGAUCCCAAUGCCCCGGUCGACGUCAUUUGCGGGCCUCUGAUCAAUUUCAAGAAUAUGGAUGUCACCCCAUCAUCUUCUGUCUGGCGUGGAAGCAUCUUAAUCGUCACCAAGCCCAGCCAGAGUAAGCCGCAGUUGCGUCUGCGCCAGGCAGGCCCUGUCACAAACGACAUGGCCACCAAUGGAGCCUUGGCCAGUCCCUCGGCGGUCGCCAUUGACGGAGUCCGUCUGUACGAGGACCCCCUGAAAGCGUUCUGGCGAUUCUCCAUCUCUGUGACCCUCGAGCCGUAUGAGGCGCGUUGGGAGUAUACGAUCCCCGGAUUCCGAUAUGCAGAGGGCGGCGAAAUUCCCGGCUCGUGGGAUUUUGCGGUCCCGUCCGGAAGCCAGUCGAUGCGCCUCAUGUUCCAUUCCUGUAAUGGCUUCUCAGUGGGCACGGACAUGGAUGCUUGGGUCGGGCCCAAUCUGUGGAACGAUGUCCUGCGGGUACAUGCGCAAAAACCCUUCCAUGCCAUGAUCGGGGGUGGGGACCAGCUCUACAACGACGGCAUCCGAGUGGACGGGCCUCUGAAGGAAUGGACGGCAAUCAGCAAUCCUCAUAAAAGACGCGCACAUGGGUUUGACAACAAUCUGCGUGCCCGAUGUGACGAAUACUACUACGCAAACUACGUCAGGUGGUACUCAACCGAGCCAUUCAAGGCGGCGAAUGGCCGCAUUCCCCAAAUUAAUGUCUGGGACGACCACGAUAUCAUCGACGGAUUUGGUUCUUACACUGACCACUUUAUGCGCUGUUCUGUUUUCCGGGGUAUUGGCGGCGUUGCCUUCAAGUAUUACUGCCUGUUCCAGCAUCAUAUCGCGCCGCCAAAGUCGACCUAUACCACGGAUGCCCCACAGACGAUGCAUGCCAUCAAUGGGACGGCCGGCGCGGACCCUCGGCAGCUGGAAAACACGUUUGUUUUAGAGGAAACUACGGAAGAUGACAGCUGGAUCAUCGGGAAACGCCCCGGGCCCUAUGUGGAGGAGAAGAGCCGGAACCUGUAUAUGCGCCUGGGCAAGCGGUUUGCCUUCAUCGGCGUUGAUGCUCGGACCGAGAGGACGCGUCACCAGGUAAACUAUCCGGAUACCUACGAUCUCAUCUUUUCUCGGCUGGAAAACGAGGUGGCGGCGGCAAACGGCGACAUCAAACACCUGGUCGUGCUUCUCGGGGUGCCGAUCGCCUAUCCCCGCCUUGCAUGGCUGGAGAAUAUCUUGAGCUCGCCCUUAAUCGCCCCCAUCCGCCUGCUGAACAAACGGUUUGGCUUCGCGGGGGGGUUGUUCAAUCAGUUCGACGGUCAGGUGGAUCUGUUGGACGACCUGGACGACCACUAUACGGCUCGUCAACACAAAAAGGAGCGCAGGAUUUUCAUACAGCGUCUUCAGGGGUUCUCCAAGGCCCAUUCGGUCCGUGUGACUAUUCUAGGUGGAGAUGUGCACCUGGCCGCCAUCGGGCGGUUCUAUUCAAACCCCAGCCUUCGCAUCCACAGUGAACAUGACCCACGAUACAUGGUCAAUGUCGUCAGCAGUGCAAUCACCAAUAAGCCACCUCCGAAGGCAGUCGCAAACCUCCUCGCGCGGAGAAACAAGCUCCACCAUAUGGAUCCAUCCACCGAUGAGACCUUGAUGAGUUUCUUUGAUCGCCAGCCCGGGGGGCAGGAGAAGAGUGCGUCCUGGAAUAAGGUGACGAUGCCGUCGCGAAACUAUGCGUGUAUCACCGAGAUCGGCGGUGCUGUGCCCCAGGGGGAGAACGGGGAAGCUGCCAUAUUCCCUCUCCCUGCAGACGGGCACGCGCCGCUCCACCAAGGCGAGGCCGAUGCUGGCUCGGCCCAUCCCGCCGCCGAUGGAUUCAGCAGCAGCAGUGCGAUGCCGGGAGGCUUGGACGUGACCGUCCGAGUGGAAAUCAACCCCCAGGACCGGGACGGGGCGACCGACGGCUAUGCCUUCAGCAUUCCUGCUUUGGCCUAUGUGCCUUCGGAAGCCGACUCCCGCCCCCAAUCACGCACUCGGUCGUUGCGACCUCGGUCUCUUCGCCCUCGGUCCAGCCAGGAUGCGCGUCCCCGGAGUGCUGUCAAUUAGCUGGUAGGCUGCAAGCUGACCUUUCAUGCGUUGUCACACGCUCAGUUUGGAUCGCGAACCCUGCCUGGGUGAGGACGGACUCACCCUGGGUUUGAGCAUGUAGUAGUGUAGGAUAUAUCCAUCUGCUGUUGUAUAAUUCGACUGACGCCCUGUCUUUUACCUCUGCUGCGUUUUUCCGCUGCGCUCGGUGCACCGCUGUAGGAUGCUGGGGUUGGGAUUGCAUCUUCACGUACUUCCUACUACUACCCGCAUGGGUAAGACAUCGUCAUGGGCGUUCUUGC